AUGGGCAAGCUCGAAGGACCUGUGGAGGUGACAAACUUCAUCGAGGACAUUUCACAGCAAUAUGAGAAGGUGCACGAGGCAUUUGAAGACAACUUCUGGAGCACCAAGAUGAACCUGGCCGGCUGCUCCAGCGAGGCCCUGGCAAAGACCAAGACUGAGUACGACCGCCCCGACCUGAGCUCCGAGCAGUCCAAGGUUCUGUCCAUAAUGGCGCGCACCCUCAGCUGCUACAUUACGGAGGACCCGCGCGCGGCACAGCUCAAGGAGGAGCUCAACAGGCUGGAGGCCGAGCUGGCCCAGGAGCGCAACAAGAUGGCGCUGGGCAUCAAGGACCCCGCCACUGGGGAGUUCAAGGCCUGCAGCAGCGUGCAGCUCCGCAACAUGAUGCGCGUCGACGACGCCGAGCCCUCCCGCCGCGCGGCCUUUGACGCGCUGCGCUCCAUCGGCCCCUUUGUGGCUGCGCGCUUCUGUGCGAUCGUCAAAGCCCGCAACGAGCUCGCGCGGCUGAGCGGCUACGAGGACUUUUACGACAUGAAGGUGACCGCGGCCGAGGGCUUCGGCAAGAAGCGGCUGUUUGAGAUCCUGGAUGAUCUGGAGGGCAAGACGCGGCCCAUAAACCAGGAGGCCAGGGAGCGGCUGGCGGCGGAGAAGGGGGCGGAGGCGCUGGAGGCGCACAACAUCUCCCACUCUCUGGCAGGCGACACCACCAAGCUGACCGACCCCUACUUCCCCUUUGAGGAUGCGGUCGACGUGUGG